AUGGAGCGCUCCGGCGCCUUCAGCAGUGGCCACGCGUCGCCCGGCGCGCGGGCGCCGCACCCGCCGCGCGCCGGCGUGAGCGCGUUUUCGUCCUUGGGCUUCACCCCGUCGGCGUGGGCGCACGAGCUUGCCUCGCCAGAAGUGGGGUGCCUGCUGGUCGCGCGUCAGCCGGGAAUGGACUUCUUCGACGGAACAGUCGUGUUGGUCGCCGCACACGACGACUCCCAGGGCAGCAUCGGCUUCAUUUUGAACCGCCCCUCUGCUCUGCGCCUGGCGGAGGUGGCUGUUUCUGCCAAGGGAGACGUUGCUGCUGUGGCGGAUGUGUUUGGCGGCCAGCGGCUGCGCGUGGGCGGGCCCGUGCACCUGGACACGCUGACCGUGCUGCACGGCUACGCUGGCUGCCAGGGCGCACAAAAGGUGUCGGAGGGCGUGUACUUUGGUGGACUGCCCGCCGCGGCCGACAUGGUGCGCAGCGGCCUGGCCAGCCCCUCUGAGUUCCGCCUACUGCUGGGCCUGGCGGGCUGGGCGCCGCAGCAGCUGUCCGACGAAAUCGCGGCCGGCGUGUGGUAUUGCGUGGCGGCCAGCAAGAGCCUCGUCAUGGCGCCAGAGGGGGCUGGCGAGGCGUUCCGGCGCCAGAUAAUUGGGCUGAUUGGUCGGCAGCAUGGCGAGCGCGCACGCCCAUGA